UCCCGAUGCCUUGCCACUGGGGGGUCAGGCUACUCUUGCGAGUUCAUUAACCUUGAUGAUGGAUUCAUAGACUGUCUCCGAAACGAAAUAUUACAAAGUUCUUUUUCGCCUCGUCUCUGCUUCACUCCGUCACGUUUUCAUAAAACUGGACGUCCCUCCGGUGGCAGUUCAGAUGGUCUCGGCCCCGCGUCGUGGGAUUCCGUGCCGAUGGCAGUCAAGAAAAUGAAGGAGAUGCUUUAUUGCCAGUGCUUUUGAAUCGAGAAGCGCGCAGUUCACAGCAACACGCGAAUUCGUUUACAAAGUGGUGUCUGGAGAAGCUGAAAGCUGACCAGCGUUGGACGAUUGUGACGUAGCAGAAACAAACAGUUUGAAAGUUUGCGUCUGUCGAAAAUGUUUCAACGUUGAAAUCCUAGGAAACGUAAGACAAUUUGUCUGCUACGUCUCGUUUUAAAAGUAAUUUUUCACGUGGCCGAUUAAUGGCCUGCCGAUGCAACUUGUUCCAUCCCUUGCAGUUGGUUUCGAGAAGGUCCCGCGGUCGAGGCUGAUCGAGUCUCUUCGUUUCGGAUGUCAGAUGGAGGCAUUGGCGAGGGGAAGAGGGAAUUCGACCCGGAUCAGUUCCACGAAGUUCGCACAAAUCACUCGCUGUCAACUGCGACGCUUGGCUCUCGUUUCGAAAGGUCGCGAGUCCAGAGUGCACGAGGGCGUCGCGAUGUCCUUCGAACUCAGAUGGACCAGAACGAACCGAUAACGAUGAAUGGUUUUCCCCGUUGGGUUCGCCAGACGCAACCUCGCAGUUUUCCUCCUUCCCAACAUUCGCAUUUUUCUGCACAAACAGCGGUAGACGCCUGGAGACGCUACACAAUGAGGCUGAUUACGCUGGUGUUCAUCCUACAGCUGGCCAACUGCUUGCCCAUUGUUGAUCCAGGCCUGUUUGUCAUCAUGGGGGUGCGGUCAUGCCGCGCGGGGGUGGGGUACUGUCUUCUGGGGCUAGACUGCACAUUGGACGAGGACUUCCUGCCCGACGACCAGGGUGGCCACUGUGACGGCUUGCGGUCCGCCUUCACCCCCAGCGCGCAUUUCACCUGCUGCCGCUACAGCGCUGUCAACAGGACGAUCCCGCAUCUUCCCUACCCCGCCAGCGUGGGGCAAGAUGUCGCAGAGAACGACUUGGCACCCCUCGGAGACUACGCCAUGACGGACGCUUUGGGUUCAGGUGGUGAUUUCCCGAGCGGGAGUAACUUUGUACAGAUUACUGAAUCAUCACAACUGGACGCAGACAGCAGUAUUCCUUUUGAAUCAAGCAUCCAGCCAAGUCAAGAUUUGUUGCCUGCCGACAUUUCACUGGAGACAGAUGAUAACAGGGCUACGACUACUGACAUAUCCAACAGUCCUGCCUUAGACACAGUCAAAUAUGAAGACAUUUUAGUGGCAGAUUUUAAUAUUGAGGAUGGUACAUUGCAGUCCAAUACUUACACCACGGAAAUGUUCUCAGACAUUCAUACAGCCGCUGAAAACAUUCUCAGAAACACAGAAACUCCGAGUUCUCAACACAGUGAUGCGACAGCAAACACAGAGCUGAAGAGCGAAGAACACUCUACAGUUACCGAGGCAACUGUGACACACGUUGCCGUACAAACACAGAACCAGAGCUCAAGUUCAGAAUCUGGGCCGAAAAUAUCGGGCAGUAUUGGUGUUGGUGACAAUGAAACUUUAAAGAGUAACCUGAAGUUCGACCAGGUUGGGUCGCCAGAUGAUCGUGACAGAACAACGUCGAUCAUCACAGGAGCCGUGGAGGCACAGCCCAGUGUUGUCAGUGCUAGAACAGAAACUGUGAUACGUGAUGAUAAGACGAGGCACAGAAAUGUUGAGAUUAAGAAUCAUGACAUCGCCACAGUGGAAGCUGCAACAGAGCUGAUUUAUUAUGGAACUGAUACGUCUGAGAGCCAUAGAGACACGGGAACCGAGUCUUAUUCUGCAGUUACAGUUAGUGAAAUGGGUGCUGAAGAGACAGCUCCUUCAUCACUUCAGCCAGUAUUUGAAGACACAGUCGUCCCUUUCACUCAUCCAGACCAAGGAUUGCAAGAUUCAUUAGUUGUCACAGAGUCCGAAUCAGGGAAAGCUUCUUCAAAAUUAUAUGAGGAUACAAAACCACUGCAAGAAUUUGAUCAAAAAUUGUUUGUACACACGAGUGACUAUUCAGGAUAUCACACAAAUUCGUCAUCCUCAGUUCUUCCUCCAGAGCAUGAAGACACACAGAUGCACACAGUAACAGAGACAGUGAUGUCAGGAAAUGGAAACUCAGUGACCAAAGAUGAUACUACCAAUGUCUUGAGUGAAUCAAAGUCCACAGAUAAUAGUGAAGCCCUGGGUUCUGCCGCUGAAAGCAGUGGGCAACAUUUCUUGCCUCAAAGCUCGUAUAAAGAUACUGUUGGAGCAGGCACGAAAAUUGAGUUGAGCAUAUUUGACGAAAUAGACGCGCUGUCUCAACCUUCAAGAUCCGUAUCUGAGAUUUCCAAAAACAUUCUUAAUUUAUCUGAAACAUCAAAUGAAAUUCCUGGCGCAAUUCCAACCAAAUUUACAGAACUUGAAACAAUUAGAACUGUAUCUGGACAAACCACGACAUCAUCUGAGAACGAUCCUGAGUAUGUCGCGCACACUUCGUUGCAAAAGGGAAGUGACACGGCUAGCGUCAUUUCAGCAUCAUGGAAACAAGAUUUACUUCCGAGUGCAUUGCCGGAAACAACUGAAGGCCUGAGUGUAAUGAGGAAGCCAGUGAACAAACCAGCAUCUGCUACAGACAGUGUUCAGAAACCAGAGUUAUCGAGUCUUCACGAAACAACUCUGUCUCUGACCACUGAUCAGGUUUCUAGUUCAAAAACAAUCACUGAGCUUGUGGACAGUCUUGAGACUCAGCAGUUGAAUGAAAUUACAACAGAAUUAUUAGCGCUAAGCAACGAAACAACGACGGGAGCAGACGAGGAAAACCUAGAAACCGUUUCAUCGUCCAGUGCUGAAACGACAGCAGGACAUGAGCUGAAGUCAGAUGAACAGAGUGAGAAACAAUCCACUGGGUUUCUUGGAAAUGAUAGCGAGUCCCCUGACAAUUCAGAGAAUGUUACAGCGUCCAUUCCGAAAGCGACCGUAAUUCACGGUGAGAUUGCCGUCACCUCUGAAGCAACUGAAGCGUUGCCUGUUGUAUUCGACAGAGAGGGAACUUACAGUACAUCUAACACAGUUGAGGCUUCUAAUUCUUUCAGCGUAGUGGAGAGCCAUAGUUCUCCUGUUACGACGGGAAGUUCCGUACCGUCCGACGUGAUGCCAGACGUAGCCACGAAGCAGCCUCCACUCUGUGGCGAAAAAUUUGUGGAGAACUUCUAUGAUACAAAUUGUUGGCUGGUUCACUUUGUGAAUCCUUACGAUAGUAACAGCUCCGUGUGUGUGGGUAGCUACGUGGACUCGAACACCGUCGUGACGUCGGCCACCUGCGUCUCCAGAGUGUUUGAUAUUGGAGUGGCUCGGGUGAACCUGCUCAGCGCUGGGGGCGCAGUGACACGACAUGCGAUGGUCCGUGACAUCAUAGCGCAUGAAGAGUACAGGAACAAAGGGGUGAAAGUAUCGCCUUGCAAUAGCCCUUGGAGUCAGGAAGUUCAGAAUUGUACUUCCUUCAUUACUAGUGCGCUACUGCUGAUGCCUCCUUGUUAG